CUAUGCAGUGAGCCAUGUGAUUUUCUGCAACACUUUUUAACUUUUCAGGAAAACACUUUUUUUUAUUUUUAUUUUUUAUUUUUAUCAACUUUUUCUGAUAAAUUUUCAGUAACUUUUUGACCCACUACAAACUAAACGGGUAUCUCUCUAUAAACUAUAAGUUUGAUUAAAGCCACAAGCAGUCGCUGCUUUAAACUAGAGGGGUCUCUCUCUAUAGGUUUCCCUGAGCAAAGGGUCCAGAUACUGUCCGGGAAGCGAAGAGGGAGAGUUCUGGAUCAUGUCAGACAAGAGCCGUCUGUCUGUUCAUCAGAGUUUCUGUUCCUCUCCCCGUAGAGGUUACUCUGUAUAUCAGAGUUAGAAUUUCUCCCAUAUGGUGUGGUACGCUGGGAUGGCUUUCCUACAAGAUCAGCUCCGGCGUUUAUGUCGGUGGUCGGAUCGAAUGGGUUCUUGUGUCCGGAGCUUGCGAGUUUUGCACGGUGGCCAGCCGAAUGGCCGCUCUCCGCCGAUUUUCCCUUUCGAUCCAGGGUUUGGUGAAUUCACUGUUGCUCUCUCAAUAUCAGCUUGUCAUUGCUCUGGGUUACUCUUUAGGAUUUGGGCUGUAACUGCCACUACCAAUCCAGGGUUAUCAGUUAUGCCUCCUCAGGUAUGCCUGUUGGGGAGCAAAAGGUUUACUGAAACGAGUGGAAUCGGAAAAAAUAUUGGUAUCUUCCUUGCACAUGUCUUCCCUUAUUUUCAUAGUGCGGGACUUAACGACGAUCGGAUGGUUUAUGCAAGGAUCUAGAACAGCGACAAUGUUUUUGUGGUGAAUGACCAGGCGGUCCUGACGGUGUGACCAGGCGGUUCUGACGGUGGAAAUAACAAGCUUCUAUGCUAAUGCAUUUUUCGAUUUGGACGUAGAAUUUAACCAUGAAGAUUAUUUUCAACAAGACUUUCAUUCUCGCCAAUCUCAUUAGAGAGAUGAUUUUGAGUAUUUGGUUGCAUGUCUUGAAGACCAAGACUAUGAGGGAAUAGCGAUUCGUUUGCCGAAACAUGAUGUAUUCAGGAUUAUUUAUUUGAUUUAAGAACAUUAAAUUAUUAAAACUAAUGAAAAAAUCUAUAAUUUUGAACCAUAUAACAUGAAAUAACAGUAGUGUUCACAAACCAGCGACUAUCAUUUAUACAAUAUACAGAUAUUGUUAAAGUUUCAACGACUCAAAUUAAAAAAAAUAAAAUAAAAA